AUGAGUAGACGAUCAACCGGUGCAAGUGAAAUAGAUACGAAUAAACUUAGAAUAUCUUCAUACUUGUCUAAACGUACCAAAACUCAUCAAUGGAAGAAGAAAUGGGCAGUGCUAAGGAAUUGCCAGUUGAGCUAUUACAAGGAUGAUUCUGAACAUCGAGCAUUGAAAGUCUAUCCUACUUCAGACAUCUUAUCGGUGAGCGAAAUUAAAGAUAACAGUAAAUAUUACCACUUUGCAGUAUACACUGGUGAAAAGGUGAUACAUUUGAGAACAGAAGAUGAAAAGACCAAGCAGAAUUGGAUCACUGAACUCCAACUGGUGAUAAACGGGGCUAAAGAUGGGAACAGUGAAAAGGGAGUACAACACGGCGAUGACGAAAAGAAAGAAGACAGAGAGAUUGAAGAUAAAAGUACAACGAAUAGCGUUGAUCAUAGCAACUCUACUCGAAAGGGGAAAGUAAUAAUAAGCGAUGAACAGUUUGCCCAAUCAAUUGGUCGGCAAGCUACCGAUGAAAUGAACUACUCAGGCAAUGAUGAGAUGUACAUGUCCUCUGGAGAAUCAGAUUCUUCAUUGCGUGAGGCCCCAUUCAGCCCUCGUCCUAUUGUUGACGAAGCAACUGAAUACGAGAUAGAGCCGAGAUCCCCAUCAAAGGCACUAAAAACGACUAAAGCUGAUCUGAAGAAGGAGAGCGCAAACGAGGAAGAGUUCAUACACGAAGGAAGCUUGUUAAGGCUCCAUAAAAGAUAUAACCAGUGGAAAAAAGUGUAUAUAGUAUUAUCUGAUAGAACAUUGAACUUACAUAAACAUGAAACCGACAAGGAGCCCUACAAGAGAUUACUUGUCAAAGAUCUUGUUGAUGUCAUAGAAAUUGAUCCGAUUUCCUCCAGCAAAAAGUGGUGCUUUUUGAUCAUCACUCCAAACAAAAGAAUACGAUUAUGUGCAGCUUCCGAGGACGAGAUGACCCAGUGGCUAGCAAGUUUGAAAACGGUAAUAAAUAGACAAAAGGAACUAGAAUAG